AUGGAUAAGAACAGCAGAAUCGUCAUUGUUGGGGCAGGCGUGUUCGGCCUGUCCACGGCUGCCAAGCUGGCGUCGGAGGGCUACAAAUAUGUUACGGUUGUUGAUCGCCACAUGCCGCCUGUUCCGGAUGGCUCCAGCUCGGAUAUUUCCCGUGUUAUCCGUUUCGAUUACGCCGACGAAGACUAUCUCAACAUUGCAUACGAAGCAUACCAGAAAUGGUCUCAAUUACCGAAAUAUCAAGGCAUCUUCUUCAAAGCACCUUUCAUUCUUACUGGCAACACCACUGUACAUGGUCGGGCCUGGAUUGAAAAGACGACGGCUGCACUAACCAAGAAACAGCUGCCAUGGGCGAAGCUGGAUAGUGCUGCGGCCGCAAAGAGUAGAUACCCUAUUCUAAGUGGGACUCUCGCUACUCCUAAUUUCACCGGCUACUAUAAUGAACAGGCAGGAUGGGCAGACGCCAAUAAGGCUGUCAGCCAGCUUCGCGACGAUUGUCUUGAACUCGGCGUGUCAUUUAUUUGCGGUCGCGCAGGCACAGUUAUCAGCCUCGACACAGAUUCGCAAAAGAAGAUCAAGGCUGUUCGGACUCUUGCGGGAACCUCGAUUGAAGGUGAUCACUUCAUCCUUGCUUCCGGUGCCUGGACCUCGGGAUUGGUGGAUAUGUACAACUCGACUUUGGCAACCGCCCAGGUCAUCGGCUACACGCCGCUCACGGAUGCUGAAGUGAAGAAGUACAAAGAUGUUCCCAUUUACGCCAAUUUCAACACGGGUUGGUUCAACUUCCCUUCGCAUGACGAUACCAAAACACUCAAAAUGGCCGUGCAUGGAUGGGGCUACACACGUGCACCUACCGCCGAAGAUCAUCAGAGCGUAAAGACUAAUAUCUCGUCGCCUCCGUUGAUACCCCCUCGUCAACGCGUCAAUUUUACUCCACCAGAUGGAGAAGACCGCCUUAGGACUGGUCUGCGUGAGAUCCUUCCGGAAUUAGCCGAUCGCCCGUUUGAGCGGGUGGCGCUCUGCUGGUAUACAGACACACCUUCCGGUGAUUUCAUUAUGGACUCUCACCCCGAUUACAAGAACCUUUUCAUCGCUGGAGGGGGUAGUGGACACGCAUUUAAAUUCCUCCCUGUCUUAGGCGACUACACAUUCCUGGCGUUCACGAAGCGUCUUCCAGAGCAUUUGGCGAAGAAGUGGCGGUUCCGGACUGAGUACAAAGACGAUAAAGAUACUUUCUUGGGAGACGGAAGUCGCGGAGGGCCCGCCAGACGGGAAUUGCAUGCUCGGGAAAGGGCUAAAUUGUAG